AUGUUCCCAAUUGCGUUCCUCGAGACCCAGAAUAUAAAGACAGGACCAAACUUUAACGAGUGGCUCAUAGCGAACAAUUACAAGACGCUCCGUGCUUUCAUGGACGACGAGAAGAAGUACAAGGUGGACCUAGGUGUCAACUUCGCUUGUGGCAGAACCGACAUUAAUGGGACGGCGCGGCCUAUUCCGGAAAACGGCGUUAUGCUAGUGUCGGGCUACACGCACAACGGACCGUGCGAAGUGUGGCUUCACAAUAAGAAAGUAUCCAAAGGUGAUAAUUGCCAUAAUGACUUUCCUCUCAACACGCACUGUAUCGACUUCUCGUCGUGCAAGGGUACGUGCGUGCUGCGUUGGUACUGGCUGGCUGUGCGCUUUGUAAUGAACAAGUACUCGUGGCAGGCGUACAAGGCUUGUGUUAAUGUGAUGAGUGGUGACCAGCCAGUGGCACCCCCUGAAUGCAAACCGAUAGGUGCUGAUCCAGAACCAUAUACUCAAAGCUGA